UUCACGUCCACCUCGUCUCAAUCUCCAACUCAUUCCCCUCCUCUGUUACCACAACAGUCACCACAACGACGCCGUUCCGUAAGCUUCUAAAAACCGCAACUCCGAACUCCAUUCACAUUUCACAGACACAGAUUCUCUCCACUUCCCAAUCCUUUCUCCGUUUCCUUUUCCCUUUUCUAGCACUUUUAUUCCGCGUGUGCGAUAUUUAUUAUAAUAGUCACACUGAUGGCGACGCCGAUUAAUCUUUAUCCAUUCCGUUUAAGCAAUCAAUGAGGCGUCCAUUUCACUUACGUGGAUUUCCAAUCCCGGUUCUUCCCAAAUCCAAACUAUUAGUCUCCGCUUUGUUACGAAACUCUAUCAAUCCGAAUCCAUUGCGUUUUUCUUCGGUAUUCCUCUCGUGCCUGAAAACCAAGUCCAGACAAAAGAGCAAAACAACGGAGUAGUUAGCGCGCGCUAAUUCUAGAUCUCGCUUUUUUAAUUAACCUUUUCCUAAGAGAAUCAGAAUCCGAGAAAAGAACACGAUUCCUUUCUUCUAUUUGAAAGAUGAACCUCGCCGUGGCGUUCGCAUUCGUGUUUCUAACUACGGUGGCGCCAUGGCGCGUUCGCUCGCAGGAACAGAGGCUUCUCGUGAACAUGACGCUGGUUCCGAACGCUCGUGCUAGCCGUGCUCUUUGUUUGGACGGAAGUUUACCGGCGUAUCAUUUGCACAGAGGAUUUGGAGCUGGCCAAGACAACUGGCUUCUACAAUUCGAGGGAGGUGGAUGGUGCAACGACUUGACAUCAUGUUUGGAGAGAGCCAAAACUAGGAGGGGUUCUACACGUUAUAUGACCAAGUGGGAGGUUUUCUCUGGUAUCUUAAGCAAUAAUGCUACCCUUAAUCCAGAUUUUUACAAUUGGAACCGUGUGAAGCUGAGAUAUUGUGAUGGAGCUUCAUUUACCGGAGACGCUGUGUUCAGUAACAGGACAACAACACUUUAUUUCAAAGGUCAGAAGAUUUGGGAAGCCAUUAUUCGCGACCUUCUACCACAAGGUUUGGGAAAGGCACGAAAGGCUUUACUUUCAGGUUGCUCAGCUGGAGGUUUAGCAACCUUUCACCAUUGUGACGACUUUGCCAAGUAUUUGCCAAAGAAUGCUAGUGUUAAAUGCUUGAGUGAUGCCGGGUUUUUUCUUGACGAAAGAGACAUUAGUUUAAACCACACUAUGAGGUAUUUCGUCAAAAGUCUAGUUCAAUUGCAGGGGAUAGAACAGAACCUGAAUAGAAACUGUACCAGAGCACUGUACUUUCCAGACUUGUGCUUCUUUCCACAAUAUGCAUUGAGAUACAUAUCAACACCAUAUUUUAUCUUAAACUCUGCCUAUGAUGUAUACCAAUUCCAUCAUAUAUUGGUGCCACCCUCUGCUGAUAUGCAUGGUCACUGGAACCGUUGCAAGCUAAACCCUGCGGAAUGCACACCUGCACAAAUCAAUACAUUGCAAGGUUUUAGGCUCCACAUGCUUGCGGCUUUGAGACCGUUCUAUAUGAAUUCAAGAAUAGGGGGGAUGUUCAUAAAUUCAUGUUUUGCUCAUUGCCAAAGUGAACUGCAAGAAACAUGGUUUGGGGCUGAUUCUCCAACAAUAAACGAGAAGACUAUUGCAGAAGCGGUUGGCGAUUGGUAUUUUAGUAGAGACAGAACCAAGAAAAUAGACUGUGCAUAUCCGUGUGAUGCAACUUGUCAUAAUCUUAUUCCAUAAGUUCAGGACAGUUAGAAGAUUAAACUCAACAUUUUUCCUCAAGCUUCUCUAUUUCUCAUAGAAAAGCUCUUAUAGUUCUCUGAAAAGGGAUUAAGAAGGAUUUUACGUAGAAAGCCAUACAAGUACACAGUGAAAGCUAGGUAGAUACAAGAUUCUUUGAUAGGAAGAAAAGGUGAUAAAGAAAUCAAUAGAGAAAUGUGGUUUUAAUGAUUUCAAUUAUUUUUCAUUCAUUACAAUAUUUUUUUUUACUUAAUAAAAUUAAUUGAAUUUCCCUAUCUUUUGUCUUAUGUGUAUGUGUGUCAUAUCUUGAACCUUGAUACAUGUUAUCAGUCCCAUCUAUCUACCCUCUCCCUUUGUUGUUUUUA